CAGCUCACUCACUCUGCACUGCACUACUCAGGCUCUCUCAGCCGCAACACCGCCUUUCCAUCAGAGCAGGAGCUGCCUGGACCUUCCCUGUCGAUCAUGCAGUACGCCGAGACCAAGCUGAACAGAAACUCCCUGCUGCUGCAGCUCAAGCGCUACAGCUCAGUGGUGAACAACAUGGAGCAGACCAUCCUGCUGCCCAGCCUGCUCAGAGACGUUCCGUCCGAUGACGUCGAGGACUCUGAGGCUGCGGAGAACAGCAUGGACCUGUACGAGAGCUAUCACCUGCUGAAGGCCAUCAGGAACACCGUGGAAAGUGGACUCGUGGCCCACGAUGACAGCAAGGUUAAGAAGAACACAGCUCUGCACAAAAGCCUGGAGCCACUGCUAGAAGGUGAUCCAGAGGCGUUCUUCUACUUCCAUCUGCGGGGCCUCUUCUCGGUGAUGACCACCCUAACAAAGAAGUCACAGAAUCUCACAGAGAAAUACCUGGACGUUAUCGGCAUUGGAAACUGAACUGGACUUCAUUUCCAAAUAAGAUCUGUUGUCUGCAACAACUGCGAUAAUGUCAUCAAUGAUUUCCGAUGUGGUUUUUGUUGACAAAUAUCUGUUUACAUGAAACGCUCUACACUACUUGAGAAGAAUGUCAUGUGCAAUAAAAUCAUUAUUUCACUCA